CCAGUCCUGCCUGUUGAGCUCCGCUCCAGUCUCACUGCGAUCAGAGCUCGUCGGCGCUCCUGCCUGCCUCGCUCGUCUCCACUUACUCGCUCGACAGUCAGUCGUAACAGCACCAAUGGGGACGAUGCGCGCGGCUCAAGUAUCUGGAGAUCAGCCACAGGCCUGAAUGGCACUCUGAUGUUAUGCAAUACUGUACAGAUGAGCCUGUCAACCUCGCGAACGUCCCCCCAAUGCUCGAGCAGCUCAUCUGGGCUCCGGCAUGGACCAGGAUCUACACAUAUCAUGUGUAUCCGGACCAGAAGAAGCGGGAGGAUAUCCGGAACUUUGCGUGGGCUCUGCUCGGUGCAUCUCAGGCUCUACGCACUGUAAGAUAUGAAUGGGGGAGACAGAGUCUUUGCACUUGCUGGUUGUUGCCGUCUCGGGAGGUGCGAGAAGAUUGUGUAAGUUUGGUGGAGGACCACGAUGAUGUGACUUGGGCACAGGUGCGGUAAACAAGCAUACCGAAUCAGUUGUAUGGUUAUGUAUGUCCCAGAGCGUACAGUAGACAUCCUCUUCACUCACUUCGGCAACGACCUGGUAUACGAGUCAAGCGCUCUGCUAUCUGAACC